AUGUACUGUGGUAGCUUUCCCGCCUGGGCUGUCCCUCGGUCGGUGCGUCGGGGGCCUCUUCAGGGACCACAGUGCCGGAGAAAAUCAUCGUCAGCGGGGUCCCUUUUUCUGUGUCUCCGUCCUUUCUUCCAGUGGACCGUAGGUAUCAGCGGAGGGAACCUAAGCGCAGGUGGCUGUGCAAACAAAUCGCUGCAGACUGCAGAGUGGUCCCCCCCCCCCCCCGUAGCCGAAGCUUAG